AUGAAUCUCAUGUCCAUCUCGAACCAACUGACUAUCGACGACCUUGAAAAAAUGAAGUUUUGCGUCCAAGGCUACAUUCCUAAGGGGAAACUUCAAAAUAUAACGAAACCGUUUGAGCUUUUCUCUCUUAUGAUGGAGAAUGACUUGCUUUCCCCGACCAACGUUAAUCGUCUUGCUAAAUUGUUGGAAUCCGCGGGGCGAUUAGACUUGUUGCCUCUGGUUCAACAAACGGAAGCAGAAGGUAAGCUUAAAUAGCAUGUUCUGAGCCCAAUAUUAGCCUUCAACCUUCCUUCAAAAAGUAAUUAAAUCCACCUUCUACUUCUUGAUGCAUCUCACAGUAGUAUUGCGUGUUUCGAAAUGCAAAUUUUUGAGAACUCGAAGCAUGGUCGCUUGCCGCCUAGUCUUUAAUUAAAAGUUAUUCUGAUAGUAUUUUGAUUUUUAAUAAUACUGAACUAAGUUUAAUUUAAAAAAGAACCAGGUGUAGAAGUCUUUCAUUAUUACUUCGGCACAGUUGUAUAACUGAAAGUGUGUAAGACUAAGCUAUUCUAUAUGUCUAUAACUAAAGCAGUUACUACAACCUUGAGAAUUUUCCCUCAGGCGGGCUAAUAAGCGGAAGUUCAUGUCAGUCGAGUCAGUCUUGCGUGAUAGAUUUGAUUGUUUGUUGCAAAUACAAACCUAUUGAAUCACAGACUUACUUUCAAACGUCCAAAUUUGUCAGCGUGAUUCCCUUAUUUCAGGCUUUCCCACUAGGUACUCCAAAAAUGACUUCGAGCCCCGCUAAACGUCUUCGCUCUUGUUCCAUCUCGUUCAAUAUUUGUUAUAAAAUGUUCUAGUAGGGGACUUUUUCACAUUUGUCUGGAGUUGCAUUCUAAACGACUUCAGAAAAAGAAAAACAAUAUCUUUUUCGUGCCGUAAACAUCCUCCAGAACACGUGAAAAUAGGAAGUUUCACGUCGUAGUCAGGCAACGACGGCAAAGAAAUGAACAAAAAAGCGUGAUGCACGUGCAAAGGUAUUAGGGAGCUUAAGCCACAACGACGGCGACGGCUACAAAAACGUCACUUAAAAAGUGAAUUCGCACCGCUUCAAACUUUAUCGCGCUUAUUCCAUCUCGUUUACUUCGUCAAAUGUUGGCAAAUGUUUUUGGAGUUGAACUUUAAAAGGAUUGUAUCAAAGUUCAGGAAAAGAAAAGAAAGUUGUUGUCUUGUGUUCCCGUCCUCGACGAAACGUGAAUUCAGGCACUUUCACGUUGUAGUCGGGCAAUGACGGCAAAGAAAUGUACAAAAAAAGCGUGAUGCACGUGCAAAGUUGUUGUUUUGCUAAUCAAACCUAUUGCUUUUUUGCCGUUUUUGUUGCCGUCCGCGUCGUCGUUGCUUAAGCUCCCUAUUAUUUCCUUUCUCGCCAACUCGUACCCAGAGAGGAUCAGAGAGGACUCUGGAUGCGAGAUUGCCGUUCUCGUCGCUGUCAUGUCGCCAACGUAUGAAGUGAGUCAUGCUUGGUGCUGACCAAUAGGAUCGCAGCGUCUGAGAACGAGAUGAUGGACCAUUACAAAAGCUACUGAAAUAUCCGUAAAAUCCAACUAGUGGACUAUUAUCAACGCUGCGUUCUGAUUGGCUGAGCCACUACUAGGCUAUAUGUUAUAGCCCACUAGUAGCGAAAAGCGCCAGCUUUGACAAGCAAAACAAUGGCUUAAGUCUAGCUUUAACUAGCUAAAGUUGUUUUGUCUCGAUAUUUUUUACCAACUAGUUGAAUUUUACUGAAACAAUUACUCCUCUCGCCCUCAUGGCCUCUAAGAUGAUAGCCCAUUCGGCUUUCGGCCUCAUGGGCUAUUGACUCAGAGCCCAUUCGGGCUCGAGGAAUAAUUGUUAAAUAGCGGAGCUUCGCUCACGCAGGGCAGCAACAUGAGUAGGAAAAUUUGGUUAUCUAUGCAUCCGAGAAAUUUUGGUUGUUUGGUUGAUGUCAAUUAUACCCUGCGAACAGAGUCUCCUUCGAUCUUUUCUAGGAAAGAUCGAAGCGACUUUGCUAGCAGGGUAUGUCAAUGAAUACACUCUUUUAUAUGUAUACCUUAUUCUGUAAGUGCUAUAAAUCAAACGGGAUAAGUCAUUGGUGAAUGCCAGUUUUGCAAACGUUCAAUUCAAGGAGAGUUUUGUGGACUUAAAUCAACAGCAUACAUGUAAAUGGGCGUAUAACAAGGUGGAGCCUCCACGUUUUAACAUCUCUCAAAAACGACCAUACCUAUCCAUGCAGACUUUACCAAAGUCAAUUUCCCCACUGAUGAAAGCACCAAUUUUCGAGUUUCCAUUUUAUUGUUUAUACAUCAGUGGUUAUAACUAAAGAUUUAUAGCGAGUGUGGGCGAGAUCGAUCGAAGGACACUAUUGCUCUAACACUGUGCUUUGCCCAAGCGCAUUUGUGAAACUCUAAACGCCAUCCUGGCUACAUACGUGCGCACCUGCAUGAGAGCAACCUGAAGAUUAAGACUUGUGCGAAGUCCUUUGGUCGCCCGCAAUAAUACAUUUACGGUUGUAUUGUCCCCUAGGUAGCUAAGCCUAAAUCAGGGCAGGUCACUCUCACAACUGUUACCGAAUGUUUCUAGAUUGGUAGCGGAAGCCUACUACGAUAGACUGAGAAUUGAAGAAUUCUGAAAUUAUUUGCUAUCGCUUAUCCGAAGGCGAAUGCAUGAUAUUUUUUCUUGUUGUAUUUCAGGAACACAGAUCUUUGGUGAGCGGCCAUGUUUUGCAGGAACUCUGCCAUGCAAACCAGUUCAUUUUUACGGAAGAGAUGAACACUUAAAUGAGAUUGUCGAUACUCUCAGUGAGAGCAACGGAAAACGUCUUGUUGUCAUAACUGGUUUACCAGGUUUUGGCAAAUCGUGUCUGGCCCAGAAAAUUGGUCACGCGAUGGCUGAAAAAAAAUUUCAAGUUAUUUUCCUUUGCUUGCGAGAAAUCAGAAGCGUCUGGAAAAUGUGUGAAAAUAUUUUGAUGUCCCUAAGAGUAAGCAUGUGUCCGAGUUUAACAAGCAAACAAUCCGAGCUUGCAUUGCGCCAUUUGAGGUCUCUAACCACAAGAACCAUCCUCAUACUUGAUAACGCUGAAGAUCUGCUUGCGAUCCGUGAAGAAAUGAACAAAUUCAAUAGAUUUGUGAAAGAGUUGACUUCAUACGCUGUACAAGUGAAAUGUGUCAUCACGUCACGUGAAAUUUGUUCAACCUCCUGUCAAGUCCCUGUCAAAUUGGUCAAACUCCUCUCCUUGGAAACCGUGGCUGCCGCUAAACUCCUUCAAGCAAAAGUUGAAGAUAACACUGGGUUGCAACUAGGAGACGAGGAAGCCAAAACAAUUGCAAAUCUUUGUUUGAACGUUCCCUUGAUACUACACGCAGCUGCAGCAUAUAUUGAAAAUGUUGGGGGCCCACAAGCUCUGAUAGAGGUUUUAAGAAGACACUUCGCCCCGUUGGAACUGGCUAAUAAAGAGGCGUUGUCUCCCGAUUUGCAAAUGAAGACGUUUCUCUAUGAUUGCCUGCAGCAGCUUGGCCCACAGCUGGAAAAGGCACUGAUCUCGUUAGCUGUGUUCCCAGCAGCUUUCCAUCGCGAGCAAGUCUCUAUCGUUUUUGACGGUCAACAAGCUGAUCUCUUGAUUCAAGACGAUAUUUUACUUAAGCUGGUUAAAAAGUCACUUGUUCAUAGAGACGUGAAGACAAACGAGUAUUUUGUGCACCGAGUAAUUCAACUCUGCUGUGAGGAAAAAGCAAAGGAUGACGAAACUUUGAGCGUUUUUUACAAUGAAGCGCGCGAGAGAUUUGUUCAGCACUACUUGGGACUUGUCUCGGAGCUUCAUCGGAAUUUCUUGUGUAAAGAUGUCUUAAAAGAAACAAUAUGUCGUUACUGGAGAGAGGAGCAGCACAUUAUUCAAGCAAUCGUUUGGGCGCUGCAAAGUGGAUCAUCCCUUUCGACAAGCUGCGUGCAAGUUCUUAACAACGCGGUGGUUUUCCUGGCCAAAGUCAUGAAGAGGCAGGACUUCGAGUACAUCUACCAUGCCGUAAUUGCAGCCUUCAAGGGUGAUGCCCAGGUGAUGGCAGAUUGCCUUACGUGCGUUGGUAUAAAGCUCAUUUACUGCUGCGAGUGUCACCGAACAUGCAGCGUCGUCUCUGAAACGAGCUACAAUGUGCUUCAGAAAGCUCUAGAGCUUUACAGACAGAUGAAUGUC